AAAUAAUCAACGGCCAAAAUUCUUCUUUCAAUGGCUUUAUGUGGAUCCAAAGGCCAGCAAAAUAUGCAAUUAAUUAGGAUUAUAUACUUUUAUUUGCAAUUUCCAGCUGAUUACAAUUUACAUUUUAAAUUUAAUUUAUUAGACACAUUCCACACACACACACACACACACACACAGAGCUCAAAGACAACGCCACUGAACCCUUGUUCCUCCUGUGUCCUUCUCCACCGCUUCCUCUUUCCUGUUAAUUUCAGCUCCGAAAAUGGUGAAGGGUCCUGGUCUUUACACCGAUAUCGGCAAGAGAGCUCGGGAUCUUUUGUACCGGGAUUAUCAGGGCGACCACAAAUUUACCCUCACCACUUACACUGCAAAUGGAGUGGCCAUUACAUCAUCAGGAACCAAAAAGGGUGAGUUCUUUUUGGCUGAUGUGAACACCCAGCUGAAGAACAAAAAUAUCACAACCGACUUAAAAGUGGAUACUAACUCCAAAGUUUUUGCUACCAUCACUGUUGAUGAGCCUGCACCUGGACUGAAGACAAUCUUUAGCUUUACUGUCCCAGAUCAAAAAUCUGGAAAGGUGGAACUCCAAUAUUUGCAUGAGUAUGCUGGUAUUAGCACCAGCAUAGGACUCACUGCCAGCCCAAUUGUGAAUUUUGCUGGGGUUGCUGGAAAUAACAAGCUCGCCAUUGGAACGGAUCUUGCUUUUGACACUGCCACUGGAAACUUCACCAAAUAUAAUGCUGGACUAAGUUAUACCAAUUCUGAUCUUAUUGCUUCAUUGAUCUUGAAUGACAAAGGUGACACUCUCACUGCUUCAUAUUACCACAGCGUUAGUCCAUUGACCAACACAGCUGUUGGAGCAGAGUUGAGCCAUGGCUUCUCAAGUAAUGAAAAUACCCUCACGAUCGGGACACAACACUCUUUAGACCCACUGACGACAGUUAAGGCUAGGGUGAACAACUAUGGUAAGGCAAGUGCUCUCAUCCAACACGAAUGGCGUCCAAAGUCCCUCUUUACCAUUUCCGGUGAAGUUGACACCAGGGCCAUUGAAAAAAGUGCGAAGAUUGGGUUGGCUGUUGCUCUCAAGCCUUGAGUAAAAUGGUUUGACAUGGAAUUCAGCAAAAUCGGGCUAUGUUUGUGUAUGACGCAGAGAGAAUAAUGUAGGUCCAAAAAAAAUCCAGUGCAUCUUUCAUUUUCUGAUGAACUAUUUAUGCGGUUGAAUUGGCUUUCUCAUUCAAUGACAAUUUCGCCAUCUAAUCAAAGCCAUGAUGGCUUUUGUAACCCUAUUUUGAUUGAUACAUUUUGAUGGUGGUGGUUUAUUGAACCCUGGACCAAGUUUUCAUCAUUGCUCUAAUUUGGUUAGCCACCAAUUUAUAAUUCUUAUAGAUCUGCAUUUUUACUACUUUCCCAAACAUUUGAUUCACAAUAGUAAAACAAAUUCCG